GUGGGCAUGAGUCGUAGAGCGGUCCAUCUGGUAGCAGCCCCCACACCUCAGCCCACCCUCUGAGAGGAUCUGGCUUGAGGUGGGGCAGGACCAGUUCUGCUCAAGAGUGUGGCCACCGUCUGAGGCAGGCCAGGCUCCAUCCUGCCCCAUCACUGAGUACCUUCCAGUACUUCUGGAAGGCUCCCUGGCUCCCCUUCCCUCCUGGUCACUACUUGUCCCUAAGCAGCUCCUCUCUGCCACUUCACCCCCAAAGCCCUGUUCCCUCCCGAAGCCCCCUCCUCCCUGAGGGGCUGCCUCGCCCUCCCUCACCUCAGGAGGCUGCUCUCCUAGGGAGUCCUGAACUCAGGCCCCCAGAGGCAGCAGAGAGAACAGUCUUCCUGUGAGGCCACCUUUACCUCACUCGAGAGACGCUGUAGCCUCUGUUUAUCUCAGCACCUGCCCCAUUCUAAAAAAGGGUCUUUCCUUUCUUUCUGUGUUUAAGAGCCUCCCCCUCCACCAAACAGUGCUCGUCAUUAGCAUACAUCUCACCCCUUCUUGUGACACCUAAAUAAUGUUUCCAGAAGGGAGGUGUGGGGAGGUAUAAUAAAUAUCUUUCUCUAUCACUAUUAAGAACCAUUGGUCUAGAAAAUAAUUCUUUAACACAUGACCUCCCCUGCCCAGUCGUAGCCACUGAAGCUGUGAAAGACGUUGGGGGUCCGUUUCGUUCCCUUUCCUGCUGCACACACAGUGCCUCAUUUACUGUUACCCGUACUUUGCCCUCGGGGAGUAACUGGGCUCACCAGGCUUCCCACUCCAACCCCUACCCCCCAGUUUUUGCUUUCCCUUUGUCACGUUUUUGGGUGGCUUCUAGUUUAUUUUACUUCACUCCAUGUCUGCCUCUGAGCACUGUCUCUGGAACAUGGUCACUACUCCACUCAUUUGAUGAAAAAAUUGGUCAUGGCUGAUAACUAGCAGAACCACAAUUGAAAUCCAGCCCCCUCUCAGCUCCACAAGCCACACUCUGCCUCCUGGGCCAUCUUGGAUCUCAAGCAGGUGGAGGAGUUUAUCUGGCACAGAGGCCUCACGCCUGCCUCCUCUUCCAGAACCAAGGAAAGCAUGUACCACUCGCUGACUUAUGCCACCAUCCUGGAGAUGCAGGCUAUGAUGACCUUUGACCCCCAGGACAUUCUACUUGCCGGCAACAUGAUGAAGGAGGCGCAGUCGCUCUGUCAGAGGCACCGGAAGAAGUCCUCCGUAACCGAUUCCUUCAGCAGCCUGGUGCACCGCCCCACCAUGGACCAGUUCACAGAAGAGGAAAUCCACGCUGAGGUCUGCUACGCAGAGUGCCUGCUGCAGAGAGCGGCCCUGACCUUCCUACAGGAUGAGAACAUGGUGAGCUUCAUCAAGGGCGGCAUCAAAGUUCGAAACAGCUACCAGACGUACAAGGAGCUGGACAGCCUCGUGCAGUCCUCACAGUACUGCAAGGGGGAGAACCACAGGCACUUUGAAGGAGGGGUGAAGCUCGGCGUGGGAGCCUUCAACCUGACGCUGUCCAUGCUUCCUACCAGGAUCCUGCGGCUGCUCGAGUUCGUAGGGUUUUCAGGAAACAAGGACUACGGGCUGCUGCAGCUGCAGGAGGGGGCGUCGGGGCACAGCCUCCGCGCCGCGCUCUGCGUCAUGCUGCUGCUCUGCUACCACACGUUCCUCACCUUCGUGCUCGGCACCGGCAACGUCAACAUCGAGGAGGCAGAGAAGCUCUUGAGACCCUACCUGAAGCGAUACCCUAAGGGCGCCAUCUUCCUGUUCUUUGCCGGGCGGAUUGAAGUCAUUAAAGGCAAUGUUGAUGCCGCCAUCCGGCGGUUCGAAGAGUGCUGUGAGGCCCAGCAGCACUGGAAGCAGUUCCACCACAUGUGCUACUGGGAGCUGAUGUGGUGCUUCACCUACAAGGGCCAGUGGAAGAUGGCUUACUUCUACGCAGACCUGCUCAGCAAGGAGAACUCCUGGUCCAAGGCCACCUACAUCUACAUGAAGGCCGCCUACCUCAGCAUGUUUGGGAAGGAGGACUACAAACCGUUCGGAGAUGACGAAGUGGAGCUGUUUAGGUGGGUCCAGCCAUUGCAUUCCAUUGUCGGUCUCAGCCAGGCUCUGCCCACAGCCACCCUGAGCAGCGGGAGAGCUGUGCCAGGCCUGAAACUCAAGAUUGCUGGGAAAUCUCUACCCACAGAGAAGUUUGCCAUCCGGAAGUCCAGACGCUACCUCUCCCCUAAACCUAUCUCAUUGCCCAUCCCUGCUCUGGAAAUGAUGUACAUUUGGAAUGGCUACGCUGUGAUUGGGAAGCAGCCGGAACUCACAGAUGGGAUCCUUGAGAUUAUCAUCAAGGCUGAAGAGACGCUGGAAAAGGGCCCAGAGAAUGAGUACUCAGUGGAUGAUGAGUGCUUGGUGAAGCUGCUGAAAGGCCUGUGUCUGAAAUAUCUGGGCCGUGUCCAGGAGGCUGAGGAGAAUUUCAGGAGCAUCUCUGCCAAUGAAAAGAGGAUUAAAUACGACCACUACUUGAUCCCAAAUGCCCUGCUGGAGCUGGCCCUGCUGUUUAUGGAGCAAGGCAGAAAUGAAGAGGCUGUCAAACUCUUGGAAACUGCCAAGCAAAACUAUAAGAAUUAUUCCAUGGAGUCAAGGACACAUUUUCGAAUCCAGGCAGCCACACUCCAAGCCAAGUCUUCCCUAGAAAAAGGCAACAGAUCUAUGGUCUCAUCAAUGUCCUUGUAGUUUUGUGCAGCAGUCCCAGGCUGGAAGACAGAAUCAGCUGGACAGAACUCCUGGAAACAUUUCAAAAAGAACCCCGCCCCCUGCCCUGCCUUUGGGGUCCACCGGUGCUCCAGUGGGAUAGCACGACCUAGGUGUCUGUGCAGAGGUGAAGCCAGCAUGUUCACCAGUGCGGCCAAGGGCUUCUGUCAAGGCCAGAGCAGGUGGAGCUCCCUGCCUGCCCUGUCACACAUACGGGUACUUGUUUUUCACUGUGAUGUUAAGAGAAUGUAUGAACAGUUUACAUUUUCCUUAGAAAUACACUGAUGGAAUCAAAGUUGGCUUUGGGGGAAGAAAAACCACCAACCAACCACCUGUAUGUAAAUCAUUGUUAGACUUCAGUGAGGUCUCAGCUUCCAGGGCUGGAAGGACCCAAAAGAGGAUCUGGAUCUCAGGCUUCGAGAUUUCUGAGGGCUAAACACAGAGGUUUCACACAAUCCCACUACCUUACUUCUUACAGCCCCUUUGUAAUUCUGCAAUUGGAAAAAAAAAAAAAAGUCUUUUUAGUGAGAUAAUCUUGAGUCCAUUUGUAGGAAAAAAACAUCAAUUCCCACUACCAAGGAAUGGUGAUAUCGAGGCCUGAAGGAAAGGGAGCCCUUUCUGUGCCAAAGCCAAGAAAUUUGGCAGGUAAAGUUUCUCAGACACUGGUCUGCUAUACGCCAAACUGAAACCACUGGGAAUGAUUUAUGAAAGAUAAAAAAUCUUCUAUACUUCAGUACAUUUAUUUACUGAUAGCAUUUUUCUUAGUAACAGAAUGGUUAGUCUGUUUAUGUAUGUUUUAGAUUUUUCAGUUAAGAGAAAAGCUAUAUUUCAGUAAUAAAACUUAUACACUUCAGAGAUCAUGCAACAUCUAUUUCAGUAAAAUACAUUGUUGCUUGAAUUCUUGGGCAGGGCAGAAAGUUUCAAUCAGAAGCCAUAUGGCCCAAGCAUGUUUUAUUUAGACAGCUUAAUGUUUUAAAAUUUUCAGAAUAAUUUAACAAACAUUUAAAAAUGGGGAGACUUCACAAAUAAAUCUGGUUUCUGGCUUCUUACUUUAAAAAUCUGGCAAUACUGGGCCUCAUUCUCACAAGGCAACAAUCAGUUGGACCCGAGUAGAAACUCUUUUCAACGCUUAUCCUUCUGGCCCCUAAAAGUGUCUAACUCAAACACACAAAUGCAGCUUCUGUAAGGGAAGGACCACAGACAACUCUUCCAAUCUUCCAGCCUGCUGUAUUUAGCAAACACUUUUCAGCAUAUGCUAGGGACAGGGUGGUUUAAUCUAUUAAUAUACAAUCAAGUUUCCUAUGACUGAUAUUGAAUGGAGUUAUAGGUUUUAGGUAAAGCAUGUUCUCAUUAGGAAAAGACAGUCCAAAGAUACUCUUCUGCACUUAGUGUACCGUCAGAAAGAAAUGGUACCGAAAGAAAGAUCUAUCUUGUCAGAACUAGACAAAAGGAUGCCUUCCACAAAGGGCAGGCUCUCUCUCUUCCACAGCCUGGGUGCUGGGAGCCCAGCCCAGCAGGGCAGGUGAAAGGGUUGAACUAGAGCUAGGCUGCUGAACAGGGUGGCCUCUUGGCCCCCUCACAUAUCAGAAUGCUACCCAUCACAGUAUAAAAGCAGCACUGGUCACCGCACACCAAACAUAAAAUUGCCGUUUACAAAAACCUUUCAUUUCAGUGUUCAUUUUAGGUGUUUUUAAACUUUUUAUGCCAGGGUGAUUUCCUAGUUGUUGCUAUUUCCUUCUGGGCUUCACGCAUUAGCCCUCCAGCACCUUAACGUCUAUCUGCUGCCCUGGCUGCAGUCUUGCUAUCAGUUUUGUCUCCUUUAUCCUACCUGCAGCUUGAGCUCCUCCCUCAAAAACAUGCUUGUGAGGGAGGUCCCUGGCGGUCCAGUGGUUAGAACUUGGUGUUUUCACGGAUGUGGCUGGGAUUCAAUCCCUGGCCAGGGAGCUAAGAUCCUACAAGCUGGAUGGCCAAAAACAAACAUGUAUGUGAAGGAAGGUGGAAAGGCUGGGUGUCUGACACCACUGUAUCCUUGUGCAGAGGCCUCUGAAGGUGAAAAUGCUGUCUUGGGCUUCUCACUGUGUCUUGAGCCAUUUCUGAUCAUUGCUUCUCAAACACUGCACCUUCCUAGCACAUCUGCCCUAGAAAGGCAGCUGAUCAGGUGGGGAGAGUUCUGGCCUCCAAGUAGGGAGACCUAAUUCCAGCCCCUACUUUGCUACUACUGCUUUUUCAGUGUGACCCUGGGAGUCAUGGAGCCUCUAAAAUUUAGCAAUUUGAACUAGAUUAAGGCUCUCUCCUGCUGUCAACAGUUCUAAUUCUGGUCAAGUCUUGUUUCUGGGCUUUCAUCUCCAAAAAGAGGCAACUGAUCUAUACCUCCCUACCUUUGGUCAAAGGCUUUGUCCCCAGGUGGCUUACCAGAAGUGAUGAUAGACUCCCUCAAUCAGGGGCCUCUACAGUGGUCCAGGACACCCAGAGAGCAAUUAAUCCUCAUUUGCAGAAAGUCUAAAUCCUUGCCACACAGAAGAACUCAGUUGUUAGGGAGCAGUUGUUAGUUGUCCUGUGUAACAUGCUCUGAUCAGGCUCUUGGCAAUCAAGUCUACUCUGCCUCUCACUGGUCCCAGGCCUUGAGCUUCCAGCAGUGUGCUAUGUCCCUAUCAGCUCUCCCAUAUGUUGGCAGGAUUCCUUAUUCCUUAUCUCUCAAGUCAGAAUAGGAGCGUUUCCAAGACAGCUGUCGUCAUUCACAGCAAAAAAGCCAUGACUUGACAGCGAAGCCAGGACUCUAAAAGGCCAGCGCCAACCAAACACUUGGCUCAGGUCCGAGUGGGAGAUUCCCAGCAACUGAAGGGAGCACUGGGGGAUUUUAGAAAGCCCCAGCUUGCUGAGUGCCUGAAUCAUUCAAUAAGGGAAUAAAAUCCAAAGAUGCUUUUCUCUGGAGUGACUCCCAAGUUUAUUUCUUCUAAGAUGAUAAGUGGAAAACAGUCUUCCUCUUUGCUUCAAAUUUAGUCCAACAGUGUGCCUUCUCAACAGUUCUUUUAUGUCCUUAGCACCAUCACACUAAUUCACUAAUAAAUGUGAGGUGUCUGGAUUCUGAAAACCAAGCAGCAAAUGGGAACUUCUCACCCUCACCCUCAGAUGCAGUUUUCCAAAGGCAGGAAAGUGCCUUUCUGCUUGAGUUAGCAUAGUUCUGUGGAAAUCUGGUGCAAAGUUCACUGUCUGACAGGGUGAAGUAAAUCCACACACAAGGAGCCUCAGGGCCUUAAAAAUCCAUUUCGAAGUAAGCAGUCUAUGAGUUGCUUCCACCGUUUACUUAGCUCUUAAAAUGACAAAAUAUAAUAGAGCCCCUACCUUGGGUAAGAUACAGAAUUACAGAAGAUUGCUGUGGACGUCUAAAUAUUAUUAAGUGCUACUUACCAGUUGUGAGUCUGAGUAGUCUGCAAGUAUCUAAUCCUCAAAAACCACUCUAUGAAGUAGUGCUAUUAUUGCCAUUUUUCAGAUGGAGAAAACUGAGACACAGGUUGAACAACUUGCCUAAGAUCACACAGCUAUUAUGCAUCAGAAAUAUUUGAAGCCAAGCAGUUGAACUCUAAAGCUCAUGCUUUGCUAAACUACUGGUCAAGCUUUCCAAUUAUCAGCUUCAAGUUGGAUCUGAUUUAACUGACUCGGGCCACUGUUAAGUAAGGAAAAGGUACUGGCUAACAACUCAAACACUAGAAGUCCUUGGCUUGGAGUGCAUGGAAUUAUGUCUGUGUGGCAUGGUUCCCCACAUGGUACUUGGCAUCAUGAGGUAGGGGCAGGGUCUAAGUUGGACAAAGGCAAUUCUUAAGCAACCAUAUUUGCUCAUAAAAUUAGGAUGUUGGAGUAAAAUGUAUGAGCUAAUCCCAGUUAAAGAGGCAGAGUUCCAGCCAGCUACUCCAGAGAUGGAAAGUGAACUGAUGCAGAGGCUCAGGCCUGGACUGUGGCUUGAGUCUAAACUAUAUGCUAGAAGAGAUUUGGUAUAAGACACUAAGAGGCAGAAACACUGGCAAACUUAGAAGCAUAUGAUGCUGAAGACACUCUUAGAAUUUAAGUUUUUAAGUGCUUAACAGUGCUGGCUGGCCAAACAUUUCACAUCUGUGGGUCAAAGUGGUUCAUAGCCCAGAAAUCUGUUGCCCUUGGGCUAGAGGUGACUUUCUGAUAUCUAUCUAUGGAAAAGAGGUAGUGAGCAAAUACAUAAGAGAAGAGCCUGAUCUACUAAAAAUGGCAACUUUAAAUUCUAUUAACUACAUGGGAUAGUGGCUAUAAGUACAGCUUGAAUUCAAAUUAUUUUACUGCUUUGAGAAUCAGUUUACUCUGCUAUAAAAUAGGGCUAAUGUCAACUGCUUCACAGGCCUGCUUAAGAUAAAAAGAAAUCAACUAAAUAAACAGCCUAACUAAACAAACAGCCCCAAGUAUAUUAAGGUACAUGUAUUGCCCCAUAUGAACUGUGGGAAGGCAGUGGUGAGUUUGGCCUGGGGACGACUGAAUCAAUGGCUCAAGUGCAUCCAUUAGGCCUUUUCCAACCCUUCACUUUGUUCUUGUGUUAGAUUCUCUCGAACUGACUCUUCGGCAUGGUGGUUCAGACCUUACAUCCUUAUAGCUUUGUAACCAGAAGAAAAGGGCUCCUUGCCCUAACCCUAGUAUGAAAAAUCCCCACAUAAGGAUUCCUGAUUAGUCUGACUUGGCUCAAAUGUCCUUCCCUUAGGCUGGUGGCUUUCCAGCAUUAGAUAUCUGAGAAUUUGUUAGAAAUGCAAAUUAUCAAGUCCCCUCCUUUCAACGUAGGGGUGAGGUUGAACAAUUGCAGUCCUCCAGGUGGAUCUGAUGCACAACGAAGUGUGAGAACUACCUUGGAAAGGGUGUGAGGUAGUACAAUUGGUCCAUCGUGGGUUACACAAUUGGUUGUGAGUUAUUUCUAAAAAACAUGGGGUACUUGGCAGACAAAAACAACAUGUAUCCACUAUACGCCCUUUCUUUCAAAAGUUGGUUCCCAGGUGAAGGGGCAGUACUGAUUAGAGACAAGGCUUAUCAGCAAGCUGCCCACUCAGGUAGAGCUUUGCCUUUGUCCUUCUUGCCACCCUCAAAAAUCUUUAUAAGAUCCCCACUUUCUAAUGGGGAUGGUGGCUUCCACUCCAUCAGAAAUGCUUAAGACACCCUGCUUUCUCCUUCCCUUCACUUAAUAAAUAUCUGCUGAGAACCUAAA